CUGGAUGAAUUUCGGCAGCUCUAGUGACACGUAAAGAAAGGUGCUUUUAGGCCUCGCUAAAACUUCACAUUAAUUAUAUUAACGAGUUAAAAAGAUUACUUUUCAUUAUGUAACACGCUACAAAGCUUUGACCGAGCAAGAAGACCGAAUACAAUUGAAUUAUUUCCUGUUGUUCAUCCCUUUUGACUGUCUGUGGGAACUUUGCAACAACUUGAGACCUUUUCCAAAGGCAUCUCUUUCUUCAGAAAAUGCCCGCAUAUCCUCUUCAUGCUUCUGACCAGAAGUAUACAUGUUCAUGAGGAAUUUCGGAGGGGAAAGAGUUGUUUCGGUACCGCGGAGUGAAAAGGAAAUUCCCCUUAGGAAAGUUUCUGUGGAAUCCAGGAGAGGAGCGACCAUGGGCAACGGCGUGUGCUCCAGGAAGCAAAAGAAGAUUUUCCAGACUCUUCUACUGGUCACGGUGGUCUUUGGGAUGAUCUACGGUGGGAUGAUGUUUUAUGAGAUGCAUAAAGAGCUGGAGAGGACAGAAGCGUUGGCUCUGAAAUAUCAACAGCAUCAGGAGUCACUCUCUGCGCAGCUUCAAGUUGUCUAUGAGCAUCGCUCCAGGUUGGAGAAAUCUCUUCAGAAGGAGCGUUUGGAGCAUAAAAAAUCCAAAGACGAUUAUCUUGUGUACAAACUAGAGGCUCAGCAGUCCCUCAAUAAAGAAAAGCAAGAUACCAGCGCCCGCUUUAAUUCUCUGCAUGCCCAGCAUCAGAUGUUAAAGAACCAGCACAACGAUUUAAAAAAGCAGUAUUAUGAACUGCAAGAGCAACAUCAGCUACAAGGCGAUGAACACAAUAAAGCAAUAGAUGAACACAAACAGAAACUCGGCCAACUUCAUCAGACCAAAGAAACUGAAAUAUCGAAGCUCAAAGAUAAUGUAUAUAACCUACGUGAGGAGAACAAACAGUUGAGAAAAGCUCAUCAGGAAAUCUAUGUGCAGCUACAGGAUACCAGGCAACAGCACAAGAACUUAAAAUCAACCCACGACCAGCUUGUGUUGACCCUGGAAGAACAUAAGGGUGCGCUAGCAGCGGCUCAGGUCCAGGUGAAUGAAUAUAAACAGCUGAAAGAAACUCUGAAUAAGAUGCCCAGUCUCAGGCAAACAGCAGGAAUGCCACAGGCACCUGUUGCUGUCAGUACAGUCCAGAACGGACAGCCUGCAAACCCAGGGGGAAACCAUCAACCCCAGGACACUCAGUUACAGCUGCAGAAACCGGAGGAGGUGGAAAAGCCCCAUCCACCCCAAUUACAGAACAGGGAGGAGGAUGGAGAGAUGGGCGGAACCGAGGAGAGGAGGAGAGAGCUGGCAGAGGAGGAGAUGGAGCAGGCUGGGCAGCCUCAAAAGCUGGAGGAGGACUUUGAUCUGGCUCGUAGUGAGGUGGAGGAGGAGCCACAUGGCAAUCAACCAGAUGAGAACGCACUAGCGAGGGAGGAGCAUCAAGCUCAUCAAGUGGUGGCACCAGCAGAGGUUCAGGUGCAGCAUGCGCAGGUGGAGCGGGUGAGGUCUGCAUAUGAACAGCAGCAGGAGCAGCAGCGGCUGGUUGCGCAGCUGACGGAGGAGCGCAGACAGCUACACUUGCGUCAGGAGGCCCUGCAAAGUCAGCAGCUGCAGCAGCAGAAAGCGAGAGAGGAGCAACUUCAUCUGCAGAGAGAGAGAGAGGAACAGCAGAACAGAGAAGCUGAUCUGAAAGAACAACAACUACAGAAGGAGAUGAUGAGGAAAAAGUCACAAUAUGAAAACAUGGAUGCUGAUAUUAUCCAGGGUGAGGAAGAUACACUCAUAGCUGAAGAGAAUGAGGGGAACAUACAUCAUGGAGAGCUGAGGCGAGAUGGAGAAGAACAUGUUCACCACGAGGUGGAGGAGCGCCCCGUCGAAGCAGAUGUUGACCCUAAAGAUGACCCGAACAAUCAGGGCGAGGAUGAGUUCGAGGAGGCAGAGCAGCAGCAGCCCCAGGAGGAUAAGCCGGCACCUGUAGGUCGCCCAGACAUGCACCUGCCCAGAAAGCAUCAGCACCAGCCCCAUGCUGGAGAACAGCUGGUGAUGGCUGGAAAUCCAGAUCAACAGGAAGACACUCUGGAUGAGCAGUAUCAGGAAGAUGGUGAUGAUGAGGCCCAGGACGAGCUGCUAGAGAAUCAGAAGCCUGCAGCAGUGAUAGAGGACGAGGGAGACCCAUAUAAUGAGGAGAACGGAGAACAGGAAGCGGCCAGACACCAGGAUGUAGCAGUGAAAGAGGAUAAACACCCCGCCCAAGACCCCAAUGAGGAGAACUACGAAGAGGAAGAGGAGGAAGAAGAGGGCAACGGCGAUAACCCGCCUCAUCGCGGGGCAGAAAUGUGAGUUGAUGGUGAGCAAGAACGGCCAGUCGCUGCCACCUCUCUGGAUUGGGUUUCUCCUCAUCCUCAUAAACUCUGUACCAGGAAAUGGUUCUGGUGAGCAGGAAACAGAUUUCUAUUCUGGUCUGCGUGACUCUGAAAGUGAAAUGCACAAAAAAGAUGCUGAAUAGUCGAUCACUUACUGACCAAACACACUGCUGUCUGCCUUUACGGUGCAUCUGUCUAUUUAUCUUCAUUAUUGAGUUCAAUUUAAAUACUGUUAUGUAAGUCUUGCUUUUAAAUCAAAAUUGCAACUGAAUUUUAAAAGCAUAGAUUUAAACCACCAAACAUUCUAGCACUGAAAGUUUUCCCAGGUGCCAUUUAUCAAUUGAAUAUAUGCUGUGUGUGUGUGUAUGUAUGUAUGUAUGUAUGUAUAUAUAUAUAUAUAUAUAUAUCUGUCUGUCUGCCUGCCUAUCUGUCUGGCUGUCUGUCUAUCUGUCUGUCUAUUUUUUUUUUCUCUCCAUGUGUCUGCAAAUGCAAGAUAGAUUUUGUCUUUGGAAACUGAAACAUUUAUUGAAAACAUAUACUGUAACUUUUUAAAUGGGCGAGUCUCACAAUAAAUGUCACGAAAUAUCAAUUUGUUUUUAUCCCAAAAUCAAAAGAAAAAUAUGUAUUUUGUGUAAAGAAAUUAAAGCCUGUCUUACAGUAGGACCAUUUACAAUUUUCAUGUCAUGAAAAUAUUUUCAUGGCAAUUAAACACCCCUCUCAGUUCUCAGUAGUCUACUGUAAUGCAAUAUAUAUAUU